AACAGCUGUGUUGUAUGUAUCAGGCGAACAGACGACCUGCUGGGUAAACAAGAGUGGAUGCAUCGAAAGGCAGGAAUGGCAACUUCGUCGAGGGCUUAUAGUGCGACAUUUCUACUCAGUCAAAUAGAAACACAAUAGACAGGAUAUCACCUCUCAUGUUACAAAAAGGACGGUGACAUAUUUUGAGAAAAGGACUUAGACCCAGGUUUUGUGAGAUGCAGCGGAUAGGUGCCUAAGAGCUGAUGCGAGAGCCCUUUCUGUUUACCCUUUAAGGACGCACCUGCCACCAUGAAGAGUGAGGUGCCAACUGAGGCCCCCAGCAGACAGGAGCAUCUGAAGGAGCCGCUGGUGAACCCAGAGCCCAUGGAGGCAGCCAAGAGCUUCCCUGACAACAUGGAGGUGAUCGGAAAGGCAGGCAGCGAAUUUGAAACCCUGUGUGAGUCCAGGCAUCGGCCCCUGAGGGACACAGGCACACACAGAGACUCAGAACGGACCCUACCUGGGCGCAGAAAAAGAAAAGGCCAACAGGCAGGGCCCUCAGACUGCUCGCUGAAGGAGGGCCACAUCAGUGAGAGUUCACUGGCCCCGCAGCGUCCCAGGGUAGAACUUUUACAGCACCCCAGUGAGGACGAACAUAAUCACGAUUCCUCCUUUAGUGACUGUGCUUCUUCCCCUUCCUCGAGCCUGCGAUUCGGGGACUCGGACACUCUUAGCUCAGAGGAGGAGGGGGGGGAAGCUGGAGCAACAGGGGGCCAACACAAGGCUCCUGCUCUGACGACAGGCGGAGCCGCUGGAGUUGGCCUGCGCCCUGUUCUGGGUCGAACUCGGGGGAAUCGCUCUCAUAAGUGGGUGCGGUCUGAAGCUGAGCCAGUGCUGCUGAAGCGGCCGUGUCUGAGCAGCCGGCGGCCUCUUCAUAGGAAGCGCUUUUUGAAAACACCUCCUGGAGGGGGUCAGCGGACUCAGAAGCAAAAGGAACGACUACUACUGCAGAAAAAGAAACGCGAAGUGAUUGCACGAAGGAAGUAUGCUCUACUCCACAGCACCAGUAGUUCCAGCGAGGAGCUGAGUAGUAACUCUUCCUCCCCCUCGUCUACGGAAGCAGAAGAUGAGCUGUAUGUAGAUGUCAGCAGCACCAGCAGCCAGCCCAACAGUGCUACUGUAGCCACAGGUGCCCUGGAUGAGGAUGUGGUUGUGAUCGAGGCAACUCCUGCUCCAACUCCUGCUGUCCCUGCGAGCGAGGAAAUCAACGUCACCUCAACAGACAGUGAAGUGGAAAUUGUCACAGUCGGAGAUGGUUUCAGGUCUCGCUCAGUGGGGGGUCUUAGCAGGAUUUGGUCUAGCAGUUGCUCCCAGAAUCGUCUCCAGGAGCCACGCGGACGUCACCGACUCUCCACUGUCAUCCAACCACUGCGCCAGAAUGCUGGGGAGGUGGUGGACCUCACUGUGGAUGAAGAUGAUCUCACAGUUGUGCCAACAACCUCUGGCAGCAUUCACCCUCAAACCGUCAGGUCGUCCUCUUCAUCAUCUUCUCAUCAUGCCUCUACCUCAGAGCUCAAUGAUGCACCGGGCCCUUCCACUAGCUGCUCGGGCUCAAUACCUGAAAGUAUGCACACCCAGAGGCUGAGUGGCUCCAGCCGCACAGCCACUGAGGAUGACAGCAGAACAGGUUUGUCUGGUACAGCAGGAGAGAACGCCGGCGCAGCCAUGCCUCGGCUCCCGUCCUGCUGUCAGCAGCACUCCCCGUGUGGAGGCCCCUCCCCCGGUCACCUGUCACUGAGCCACUCCCACUCAAGCUGCCUGCAGGCGGCGUCCUCUCAGCAGACCGGGGGCCACGUUCACAACCACAGCAACGCUCACCACUUCAUCCACCAUGUCCACCACCCCGCUCCACAGCCCCCCGGGACCCUGCCCUUUCAGGAGCCCAGCUGCCCCGUGGAGCGGCCCAGUGCUCUGCCCGCGUCCUGUGCUGGAGUUGGCAGCGGCGGCACCGGCAACCCGGCCCACUACCACGACCAGCAAAACCCUGACCUUCCCAUCAAUGAACCUUUUUGUCUGCACACGUUACCUCUGUUUUACUUCAUGCUUUCCCUCUCUCUUUCCUCACACCCAGAUGGCUCUCUAGCACGCUCGCUGCAUCAUCAGCCCCCCUCCGCCUGCCCUCAUUCCCAUGGGAACCCACAACUCACACCGCAGGCCCCUACACAAGGAGAUUAUGUCAUUCCCCACACUGUCACCUUUCAUCCGCCACUGCCAUCCCACCCUUCAGGCCACGCUGUUCCCCCUGCCCCUCCCCCUCCUCUUUCCACCCACCACCUCUCUAGUUCCAGUGCCCCCCUGGCCCAGCACCUGCCUGCGGACCACCAGGCCCUGCCGCACCACAUGCCGGCGCUGGGGGCCUCGGUGCAGCGGCUCCAUCAGCACGAGAUGCUGCAGAGGAUGGAGGUCCAGAGGCGCAGGAUGAUGCAGCACCCUACACGAGCACACGAGCGCCCGCCCCCCCACCCUCACAGGAUGCAUCCCAACUACGGCCAUGGACACCACAUCCAUGUUCCUCAAACUAUGUCUUCCCACCCCCGCCAGCCGGAGCAGAGAACAGCAUGGGAGCUUGGCAUCGAGGCUGGAGUGACUGUGGCCCCCUACCCUUCAGGGCACCUGCACUCCCACCUGCCCCACUACCACCCUCCCCCCAGACUGCACCACUUCCCCAUCCCCUUCAUGCACACUGGCAUAUCUGAAGUGACCUACCCGCACAUUCGGUACAUCUCAUCUAGAAUGACUGGCUUUGGAAGAACCUAUGAGGACCUGCUGCAUUUAGAGGAGAGAUUGGGGACUGUGAACCGAGGAGCCUCUCAGGGAACCAUAGAGAGGUGCACUUACCCACACAAGUACAAAAAGAAGGUGUUGGAGAGAGACAUUGACCCAGAGUUAACCCCUGAAGCCUGGGCAUCUAUUGGGAAAAAUAUGCUCGCAACCCCAGAAUCGAGAAAGCUGCUUAUUAAGCAAGACGAAGAAGAAGGGGCAGAUGAAGAAGACACAGAAGAAAAAUGCACCAUCUGUUUGUCAAUACUGGAGGAGGGGGAGGACGUCAGACGCCUACCAUGUAUGCACCUCUUCCACCAGCUGUGUGUGGAUCAGUGGCUCCUCACCAAUAAGAAGUGCCCCAUCUGCAGAGUGGACAUUGAGGCGCAGCUGUCUGCUGAGAGUUGAUGCUGUUUUUCUAACAAACCCUUUUGUUGAAAAUUUAUUUUGAGAUCAUAUUAAUUUUUCUCUUCAGUACUGCAGUCAACCAAAGAUGGCAUGAAUUACCUGCGCAGCUCUUCUACGAGAAAAUAAAAAAACACCUGACGAAAAAGCAUUGAGCCUAGAGUGCCAGCUACCACAUAUUACUACAACAGCUAGACUUCUCCAUUAAGGGUUUAAGAUUUUAUUGUAUUUAUAAAGCUUUUAUGUAGCUUUUGAUUGUUUCCUCAAGUGUCAUUCUUUGUUUUGUUUCUCUGCAUGUUUCCUUGCAAUGCAUUUCUUUGCACAUAUAACGUGGGCUUAACACGGCCUAACAACUCGCAGGUGAGGAUAGCUGCUCUAGUAAAGUUGCAUUUCUGUAAACCUAAUGCCUUGCUUUACUAGAAUACAAUGUCACCAUCCAGUUUAAAAAAAACAAACAUUGCAGGAUUCAUUUUACCAAUCAUUGUAUUGAUUAGUUUAUGUUUAGAAGAUGUGGAUUGUUAGUGAAAGAUGUUUUUUAAGUAAAUCAAGACAUUCCUAACUAGGGAAAUAUGUUAACAGAUCAGCUGCUGUAUUAGUGCACACCCAGUAUUUCUAGAGUGGAAAUAAACUUCAAUGUUCACCUCACCUCCCAGAAUAUGCACAUGCUUUGCUACGAUCACACCUCCCUCCAGCACUUCAUUUGACUAAAGACACCGUUAUCACCGCCUGACGUAUUUUAGAGAAAAAGGAAAAUGUCACCUGUCUCUCUCGACUGUUCUUCAUAAACUGAGCGAGUGUUGGGUCCUGCUCUGAGUUUUUUCUUCAUAUUUCGGCCCCGCAGACAGGCCUGUGAUGGUUAGUAAGGUUUCUGUAAGAUGAUCUCAGGUCUAAAUGUGUGCAAGACAUUUCACAUGAGCCUGCAACCUGGGAUCAUUUUGUCAAUUUCAUACUGGCAGUGGCAUUGAGUUCCUGUGUGCGUGUGCGUGUGUGUGUGCGUGCGUGCGUGCGUGUGUGUGUGUGAGAAAUACACAGCUCAAUUCGGGAUAAAUAUUUACUGUUUGUUCUCACACUUCAAAACCGUUUUAUCCACCCUCCCUUUUGUCUCUGUGUAGUUGAGCAGCGGCGCCCAUUUUGGCUGCUGCUGAAAGAAAAACACACUAAUACUGUUGACUAACUCACUCGCAUAGACUUGCACAAGAGAGAAAAAGGAAGGAGAGUAGUUGUGAAUAUGACGUGCACUGAGGCCAUGUAUUUCCACUCUGAUGAAUAUUAAAAAAGGUAAAAAACGAUAUUUUGAACGGAGUGUUGAAAUGCAGUAAAGCAGGUAUCCAUGCAUUCGUUGACUUAAAGGCACCAGGAUCAUAUUCUGUGGGAUUUAUAUUAGUUUUAAAAGAUAAUAUUAAUAAACUUGGAUAACUCUUAAUUUGGUCUUUUCCUUUAUGUCCUCUUUGAAAAUCAGAUGUUUGAGUUAAUGUUGGGUCUUUCAUGAAAGGAUAACACUGUUCAAAUGUAAUAUUGAGUUUAAAAGAGUCACAUCUUUUACACAUCUUCUCAAGAACGUACUGUAAAUGCUCAGAUUCUGUCCCUUUCAAACACAUUCACAGUCUGGGUAGACAACAUCUUGUUGACAUAGAAAACUAUUUUAUAUCCUAUAUUCUCUUUUUGUAUUAUUUGUAGAUUACACGAUGUCAUUACUUGUAUAUAUUUUGCUUCAGUUUGAAAUGAUUAUUGAUAUGUAAUAUGUAAAUGCACAAAAACAGACAUAAAAAGUUGGUAAAUUGC